AAGAAGCGCACAUUGAAGGGCUCCAUUGAACUCUCCCGCAUCAAGUGUGUCGAGAUUGUGAAAAGUGACAUUAGCAUCCCGUGCCACUAUAAAUAUCCAUUUCAGGUUGUACACGACAACUAUCUCCUGUAUGUGUUUGCUCCAGACCGCGAAAGCCGGCAGCGCUGGGUGCUCACCCUCAAAGAAGAAACAAGGAAUAAUAAUAGUCUGGUGACCAAGUAUCAUCCUAAUUUCUGGAUGGAUGGGAGAUGGAGGUGCUGUUCCCAGAUGGAGAAACUUGCAGUAGGCUGUGCCCCAUAUGAUCCAACCAAGAACGCUUCAAAGAAGCCUCUUCCUCCUACUCCUGAAGACAACAGGCGGUCACUUCAGGAACCUAAAGAAACCCUGGUCAUUGCUUUGUAUGACUACCAAACCAGUGACCCUCAGGAGCUGGCACUGCGGUGUGAUGAGGAAUACUAUCUGCUGGACAGUUCUGAGAUUCACUGGUGGCGAGUUCAAGACCGAAAUGGACAUGAAGGAUAUGUACCAAGCAGCUAUCUGGUGGAAAAAUCUCCAAACAGCCUGGAAACCUAUGAGUGGUACAAUAAGAGCAUCAGUCGAGACAAAGCUGAAAAACUUCUUUUGGACACAGGCAAAGAAGGAGCCUUCAUGGUCCGAGACUCCAGGACACCAGGAACAUACACGGUAUCUGUGUUCACCAAGGCUGUCAUAAGUGAGAACAACCCCUGUAUCAAGCAUUAUCACAUCAAAGAAACAAAUGACAACCCCAAGCGAUACUAUGUGGCUGAAAAAUAUGUGUUUGACUCUAUCCCUGUCCUCAUCAAUUACCACCAACACAAUGGGGCAGGCCUGAUCACUCGACUCCGGUAUCCAGUUUGUUCCUGGAGGCAGAAAGCCCCAGUCACUGCGGGACUGAGAUACGGGAAGUGGGUCAUCCACCCCUCAGAGCUCACCUUUGUGCAGGAGAUUGGCAGUGGGCAGUUUGGGCUGGUGCAUCUUGGCUACUGGCUCAACAAAGACAAGGUGGCUAUCAAGACCAUUCAGGAAGGGGCGAUGUCAGAAGACGACUUCAUAGAGGAGGCUGAAGUCAUGAUGAAACUGUCUCACCCCAAACUGGUCCAGCUCUAUGGGGUGUGCCUGGAGCAGGCCCCCAUCUGCCUGGUGUUCGAGUUCAUGGAGCAUGGCUGCCUGUCAGAUUACCUGCGCAACCAGCGGGGGCUCUUCGCUUCAGAGACCCUGCUGGGCAUGUGCCUGGAUGUGUGUGAGGGCAUGGCCUACCUGGAAAAGGCGUGUGUCAUCCACAGAGACCUGGCUGCCCGAAAUUGUUUGGUGGGAGAAAAUCAAGUCAUCAAGGUGUCGGACUUUGGGAUGACAAGGUUCGUCCUUGAUGACCAAUACACCAGUUCCACAGGCACCAAAUUCCCAGUGAAGUGGGCAUCUCCAGAAGUCUUCUCUUUCAGCCGCUAUAGCAGCAAGUCAGAUGUGUGGUCAUUUG